AUGCUUUGGCGCACAAGCAACACAUUCUACAGCCAAGUGCUUUUGAGUCACCAAGGAUCAUUGGCUAAAGUAUGGCUUGCAGCGCAUUGGCAGAAGAAACUCAGAAAGGCUGAUAUAAUUGAAUGUAAUCUGGAGACAACAGUUCCACAAAUUAUUUCACCUCAGUUGAACAUUGCACUUCGAACUUCAGCACAUCUUCUUUUGGGAAUUGUUCGAAUCUAUAGCAGGAAGGUCAAGUACCUUAUGGCAGACUGCCAAAAAGCAUGCGUUGCAAUAAACACGACGUUUCGCACAGAAGUGAUUGAUCUCCCAAGACAACACUUGGAAGCACAAUAUGAUUCUAUCACAUUAAGAGAAGAAUUUCAUGAUUUUGAAUUUGAGAAUAUAAAUGUUCUUGAUGUUUUAGAACAGUUAUCUCACCACCAAAGCAGACCAGAAGAAAUUACCCUUAAAGAAGAUUAUGGUUGUGUUCUAUACUUUCAGGCUGACAGCUUUGGGGGAGAAAUUGAAACUGUAAGAAGCCAUAGCUUAACUGGUGACAACAUGUUGCUGAACUCUAGUUUACCAUCACUUGAACAUAGUCCUGAAAGCCACGUUAAACAAAAAUCUUUCAUUUGUGACCUUGGAGAUGGAUUUGGAGAUGAAGGAAAUGCAGAAGCAAUGAUAGAUAAUUUACUGCAAGGAUAUCAGAGUGACCUGUUAGAAGACAUUCAUUUCAACGUGAAAGUUUCACCGAUUGCUGGUCCUCCCAAUAUUACAGUUGUAGAACCAGAUAAUAUAGAAGAUCUAUUUAUACCUAUAAAUGACAUAAUUGAGGAAGAUUCAUCAAUUGACGAGCAAGGAUUUAUUCUUGAGUCAACUGCCAUGCCAGAUCAGAGACAUCUUGAGCCAACUGUCCUGCCUGAUCAGAAACAUCUUGAGCCAACUGUCGUGCCAGUCAUUGCUGAAAGAGUAAAAAAGAAAAGGAAGAAAGCAUCCAGAGAUCAAGACACAAAUAUCAGUAUGGAAAAGACCUUGAAGAGGAAAAACACAAAUGCUGAGGAAGAGCAUAAGCAGCCCAAAAUUAGGAAGCAUGUGACUGAUGCAAAUACGGGUUCAUCUUCUCAUAUCAAGAAAUCCAAUAAGAUGGGAAAGGAGUCCUUUAGUCUGAUGGAGCUCUGCAAGAACAGUAGCCGAAAACAAGCAGCUGCUGCAUUUUAUAGCUUUCUUGAACUAAAAAAAGAGCAGGCGAUUGAGGGAGAGAAGAAGUCAGAUAAGGAAGGUGUAGUGAAGGUAACAAGACAGUUUAUUAAAAAAAGAGGGCACACCACACUGCAGCACAGGCAGCAGACCCAAUUGGAAACUCAGUGUAGGCCAGGAGAGCCUCUUGUGAACUUUGGUUGUCAGAUUUUCCACGCAGCCAAGCUUUACUAUAUCUAUGCUAAAAGUCUCAUCCCAUCUGUGAGUUUUGUCAUUGAAGAGUUCUGGCAAGUAUUUGUUGGUCAAUUCUGGAGAGAGUACAGGUGCAUGAAGAACAUCCUUAUGGGAAAGAUGGGACUUUUCACCAAUCAGUCAGUCAAUCAGAUGCUUCUAGGGGACUUUACACAGGACAGAAUCUAUGGACAAUUCCAUGGGCGAGCUUUGCAAGUGGCCCUGGUAACCAUAGACAAUAGUUCCGCCUGUUGUCAUGGCAACCAGGGAACCUUGUCUGUUUACAAAGGUAAUACCGGUCACCAGAAAGGGAGCCUGGAUAGCAGGACGUGCACAACUAGGAGAACCUCCUCAUCCCCUGUGCAGUGUGCAACGUUGGAGAGCUACUGUGUCCCCUGGCCAACCCUGGUGUGGCUUUGGCGCAUCCAUGGACACCUGACAGCUUUGGCAGACUUUCAGCAAUGGCAUUGUGAUAUGCCUACUAUGCCUUCAAUUAGGCCCACUAGGGGAGCCUACACCAUGAAGAUGAUGGCUAGGCCUGAGCUAGGCCCGGCCAUGACUUCAGCCAUUACCAUACGGGAGCUCUAUGAGACGGAAAUUUUGGCUGAGCCCGAGCCAGGUGGAGCAGAGGGCCGCCACUUUCGAGAAGGAGCUCUGGCCUUCAAGGAUUACAUGAGGCUCAUAGCUGACCUGGAUGAUGAAGGUGACCAGAACAGCGUAGAUGUGGUGAACAAAGACGGCGGCAGUGGCAGCUCCCGUGCCUGUGAGGUCCCUUGCGGGUGCCAGGCUCUUCCACAGCCGCAGGCCUCAGAGCCCAUGCAAAUGGCCACAACUCCGCAGCCCCGGCGCAAGCGAAUACGCAAGUUCUUGUCUUGGCAGCUGGAGGAAAUGGAAAACCUUUUCCAAGAGAUUCAGUAUCCUGAUGCUCCCAGGAGGAAGCAACUUGCAAGAGAUAUAGAUGUGGCCGAUGCCAGAGUGAAGGUUUGGUUUCAGAAUAGGAGAGCCAAACAUAGAAAAAUUGUGAAGAGAAUAAUGAGAGGUCAUGAGAGUGAUGACUGA